UCCCACCUCGGGGAUUGCUUUUAGUGUGUGAAAGACGCCACGGCACAACGUCACACUGUAGCGUUCUGGACAAAACUUGACAUCAGCUUACUGUGGAUGAGGAAUCAUUUCAAAUAAUUCCAACCAACCUUUGAGAAACAAAUAGUUGAAACACAAAGAGUCAACGGGUGUGUGGAUUUACAGCUUUUUUUGGGGGGGAUAUUUAAUUUCUUCUCUUAGUUUGUAUUAUAUCUACAUUAUAAAACUGGGGAAACUUAUCAGAGAACCCGACGCUUUGCCGAAGAGCCUUAAAGUGUUCGCUACGAUAAUUGGCUAUCGAAUGGACCAACAUCCUACCGCGCGGAGCUGCACCAGCCGCGGAGCUCCGACCUGCGAGGCCAUCCCAAGCGAGCCCUCCAUGAAUUUGAACAUCCACUCCACAACCGGCAGUCGCAUCGAGCUCUCCCUUCCACUUGAAGAGACAGUGGAGGGGCUGAAGAGAAGACUUUCACAAAGACUCAAAGUACCGAAAGAGAGACUUGCUUUGCUGCACAAAGAAACGCGUCUCAGUUCAGGAAAACUCCAAGACUUUGGCAUCACUGAUGGGAGCAGGUUGACACUUGUACCAACAGUAGAAGCAGGCUUAAUGUCUCAAGCAUCAAGACCAGAGCAGUCUGUCAUGCAAGCUUUGGAGAGUUUAACAGAAACGCAGGUCAGUGACUUCCUGUCCGGGCGUUCUCCGCUGACCCUGGCGCUGCGCGUGGGCGAUCACAUGAUGUUCGUCCAGCUGCAGCUGGCGGCUCAGCAGUCCGGCGGGCAGCAGCUGCAGCAUCGGCACCUCAUCGCCCGGGGGGGCUCGGACAGCGCCGGGGCGUCCACGGGGCCCUCCGGAACCAGCGCCGGGCACCUGAGGGUCCCCCACCCCCACCCUCACCCCCACCCUCACCCUCACCCUCACCCUCACUCCCACCCUCACCCCCACCCUCAUCCUCACCCCCAAACCCAGACCCACCCCCUCCUCACGCAUCCCGCCCCGGCCAGCGCCCCCGCCUUCCACCAGGCUAACCCGGUGUACCCCUCCCCUCCCCCCUCCGCGUCCCUCUGCAGCCCCCCGCCUCGCCACACUCCCCUCCCCAGCAGCCUGUUCCAGUCGCACCAGCCCUCCUCUCCCCCUCCCUCUCUCUCUCCCUCUCCUUCUCCCUCUCCCUCUCCCUCCCCUUCCUUCACCUCCCCGGUCGCCCCCAGCGCCCAGAGCCCCACCCCAGCGGCCCCCUGCCCCGAGGCUAACUGCACCGCAAAGAACCCGGGCCCCGGCCCCAGCCCCGCCCCCACAGCCACGGCCACCCCCGCGGGGCGGUCCCGCAAGCCCGGCGCCAUCAUCGAAAGCUUUGUGAACCACGCUCCCGGAGUCUUCUCAGGGACUUUCUCAGGCACUUUGCACCCGAACUGUCAGGACAGCAGCGGCCGGCCCCGUCGCGACAUCGGCACCAUCCUGCAGAUCCUGAACGACCUCCUGAGCGCCACGCGGCACUACCAGGGCGUGCCCUCGUCCCUGACGCAGCUGCGCUGCCAGACGCAGUGCAGCCCCGCCUCGCCCUCGCCCUCGCCCUCCCCGCCCCCCUCGCCCCCCGCCCCCGGGCUGGCCGGCCUCUCCGCCCGAGCUACCUCAGCGCCCGCCCAGGCCCCGCCCCCCCUGCACCCGCUCGUCCAGUGCCAGAGCCAGAUCCGCAUGUGCAAGCCCUCCGGCGACCGUCUGCGGCAGACGGAGAACCGCGCGACGCGCUGCAAGGUGGAGCGCCUGCAGCUGCUGAUGCAGCAGAAGCGGCUGCGCAGGAAGGCCCGGCGGGACUCGCGCGCGCCCUACCAGUGGCUGCCCAACCGCAAGUCGGGCCGCAGCAACAGCAACAGCAGCGUGUCCAGCGACGGCUCCCUGGACCUGGACUUCGACGACUCGGUGUGGAAGCCCGACGUCAAGGCCGACAUGAAGUCGGAGUUCGUCAUGGCGUAGCGGUACCGACGGAGAAACGGAGAACGAGAAGGAGAACGAGAAGAGAGUGAGAGAGAGAGAGAGUUUUAGCCGGAAGAGAGGGGGGGGACCGGGUGACGUGCGAGACACUUAGAGGGCAUGCUGAGCGGUGAGGGGACGGAGGGGAGGAGCAGGCGAGAGCCAUGGCCUGCCGGCGCGCAGUCGGAAACGGACCCAGCUUCUCCUCGCUCCCCGUGACGGAGAGAGAGAGAAAAAAAAAAGGAUAAACAAUUUGUCACGCAGAGUUCCCUGUUGAUUUUCCAUGUUGUCUUGUCCUCCACAGCCUUUUUUUGUUGGGGAAAAAAAGAAGAAAAAAAAAACGAAAAAAUACAGAUGUUGAUGUUUGGACUCCGAUAGGACUGUAUAGGACUACAGAUACGCAUAAAGAGACUACAAAUAUGGCUGCCUUAUAAGACUGAAAAAUGGCAGUUUUCGGUGGUGGUGUUUUUUUUCUGUUUUUUUUAUAUUUACAUGGAGAACUCUGGAUGGAAAUCCACACUGGACUCUUGAGUUUGGACUCUGGGAGGCAGUAGCCUCUACUGCCGAAAAAAAAAGAGGCAGACAUUUGUUCUGCGGCCUCCCCCUAGACUCUUACAAUGGGCAUUCUUGGUUUCGCAACUCACCAACCAGAAUCAAGUCAUUUCUAAGAAGGUAUCUUUUUUUCUUCUUUUUUUUUUCUUAAAACAAAUAUGUAGCAUCGUUCACAAAGCAUUCAGGUUUUCAAAAGAAACUAAACAAAAGAAAGGUGUUUAAUUUGCACAUUUUUCUGAGUUUUUUUUUCCAAACAGCUGGGUUAUUGAGUGUAAGGGUGGCGGGGGUGGGGGGUGGGGGGUGGGGGGGGCAGUAGCAUUAGCAGCAGCAGUGGGGAAAUGGAUGAUGAGCCUUUAACACAGAUGUUUGUUUGAGAUGGCAAAAAUGUACCUGUUAACAGCAACCUCAGCGAUGUAGGUUAUAAAUAGGAAUAAUGAAUAAAAUAAAUAAAUAAACAAAAUGAAUAAUUAAUGGAAAGUGCUUUAGAAGGUUGUAAAAUCAUGCUUUUAAAUAUAUAUGAAAAAAAAAAUCUCUAUUUUUUGUUUUACUUUUUUAUCGGCUGUUUUCAAAAAACAGUAACCCAAUAUGGCUUGGGUCAAGCCAUUAAUGAAACGAGUAGUUAACAAAUGCAUUCAUCUAAUCACCCAUCAGCUCACUCAUAAGCCUCCGCCUUCAAGGGAGAGAGCAAUGUACACCCACCCAACACGGCGAUUCCUCUUCAUUUUAUACCAUCUGUAGAACAGGUCGUGCGUGCGUGUGUGUGUGUGCGGGCGCGAGCGUGCAUGCGUGAGUGUGUGUGUGUGUGCGUGUGCACGAUACAGGGAGAGGGGAACAAAGGCAUAUAUAUAUAUAUACAUUGGUGUAUAUAUGCCUGUGCAUGUGAUUCAUCCAUCCAAGCUGCUCCUUCAGACAUUUCCACCGUCACCGCCAAAGCCCAUUUCCUCUCCGUCAACUUCCCCCUUCAUUCUGAAAACCAACAGCACACAUUCUCUCGCAUCCGAGCUCACAGAAUCUCCUUAAACAAUGUGCAUGCAAUUCCCUCAUCACGAACCCCCCCGUCCCCCGUCCCCGUCCCUUCAAAAGGCCUAUUGAUGAUUACUGCUUUCCCCAUGUAAGGUAGUGUAAUAGACCACAGCUGGUCUGAAGAUGAGAGAGAGAGAGAGAGAGCAGAGUGGGUUUUAAUCCACUCAUAGAGUCUGCUUCUCGUUGGGAGAAAUGUGGGCUGCAUUGGGUGGGGGGUGCAAGUAGACUGCCCUGAGUUUCUGUCCGUGUACACUGCUUCUCCAUCCCCCCAUCCAUCCCUCCCUCCAUCCCUCCAUCCAGGACCGCGAUCCCGCACUUUUCCCACCCAACCCGGUCAGCCUAUCGGAUUAUUCAUUUCCUAAUUUGAUUUGAAUGGCAGUGCAGGAGAGGUCUGAAACUGCAAGUAGGGAGCUCCAAAUCCAAUUGUAUUGAUCAGUGCCUCCAGACGUAGAUUCACUUACAUAUCAGAUCGGACCUUUGACAGACGGAGAAUCGUGCUGCUACAUUGGAUUUCAUUUCACGGGGAAUGGUGAAUUUCCUUCGCAUGUAGGAGUGUGAAAUACCCUGAACACUAGAGUCUGAAAAAAUAAAAAAAUGACAAGGUGAUAUGACAGAACGGUAAUGAGAGAGGACGUUAAAGUGCAUGCUUUUUUUUGAAAAAAAAAAAAAAAAAUGUGCUGCUGGUUUUGAUAUGGAUUUUUAGCAGUAUAUUGGUAUGUAUUCUCGAAAAUGCUCAAAAGGAACCCAACCAACCAAAAAGAGACAAGGCGAGGCGGGCAUCCUGUCCCCGCCUACUCUCGACAUUCCUCAACUGUGAAAACGAGGAAGGAGCGGCUGAUUGGCUCUUUCUUUUUGGGAAUGCCGUUGUUUUGUUUUUUUUUUCUCCCCUUCCCUGUUCCCCAACAGAAGAAGAUUCCAGACAGCGGCGUGCCUGCUAAUGGCUAACGCGCUGAAACGAUACAGCAAGCUGCAUGUGGGAAAAACCGGGAAAACCAGGAAAACUAUUCUGACCAGCUUUUUUUUUUUGUUGUUGUUCAAAUCGAAAAAAGCAUUUAAAAUGAAAAAAAAAAAUUUAAGAAUAUGUGUCAACACAUACGGUGAUUGCACUCACAGAGUUUGCGGCGAGAGAUUACCUGCUAGAAGGCGAACCUCAUGUUUUGUUAAGUGGCCUUAUCUUUCAUGAGACACGCAGAGACUGGGGAGGGUGCAGAUGGGAACCUUUUUUCUUUCUUUUUUUUUUUAGAAGCAGGGGGGUACAUUUUAUCGUAACACCACUCUCACUGAAGUUUGGGCAUCUCUUUUCGUUGUUGUGCUUCUAGCAGGUGGAGUCGACGUGUUAUGUCAAGGCUACUGUGCCUUAAAUGCUGCCCAAGAAGUGAGAGUAAAAUAUGAAAUUUCCAUUUACAAAUCCCCAAAAGGAAAAAAAAAACUAUUCCCUCCAAGUGAUUUUUAGGGGAACUAAUGAUAUGAAGUGAGUUUAGGAGGGGGAGAUUUUGAGGUGGUGGUACUGCUUUACCUGGAGGUGAAAAUGGGGAGGAAUGACCGUGAUCUCUUGUGUCUCUUGUGUUGUAUAUCCUUGAUCUUUGUCUUCCCAUUUUGUCAUCUUGUUCCCAUUUGUUUAAGGCCAUUUUUGUACUUGAAACACCCCCCCCCCCCUCGACUCUGUCCUGCCACCAACAAGCAGAAGAGCAACAAGUGUAGAAAAAAAGAUAUAAAAAAAAAGAGAAACCUGAAGAUGUUUUGACUGCAGUUCUAUGGCAACAAAGUGCCCUGAUUCUGAACGGAAACGUCCUUUGAGGACAUCUGACAACGUGCACUUCCUGUCUCCUUGGAUACGACAUGUUAAACGGACAAUGCCCCCCCUCCCCCGAGAUUUUAUUUAAUUUUUUAUAUAUGUAUGAAAUAUACUCUGUGUGUGCCUCACUUAAUGUGUGAAAUUUCAAAGAUGAAAAAGAUAAUAUGGGUUGAAGUUCGGGGGGGUUUAAAAGAGAAACGAUGGGUGGGGAGGUGGGGAGGGGGGGGGGCGUUUCCAAACCAGUUUGUUGGUGGAGUCCAUGUUCUGAUCACCUCAUUUAAGUUGCCUGUUAUUUCUUGUAGCCAGCCAUUUAAAAUAAUAACACGAGUCAAAAUACAAUUUACAAUGUUCUAGCUAUAGACCGGUGUAGCACAUGUGUGACUGUAUUAAUUUAUGAAACCAAAAUGGUAACUGUGAAUUCUGUAUUUCUUUGUGCAUUUUUUUAUGUGGGAGAAGGUGGCUAAAGCCUAGCCAAGGUUAAUGCAAUGUCCUAUUUUGUUCUUUGGUGGACUAUAUUGGAAAUCAUCAGUUUCCAAAAAAAAAAAAAAAAAAAAGGCAUAAAAAUAUAUAAAUAUAUUUUUUUUCUUAAGCAAUACAUUUCAGUGUGACUUGUGAUAGAACCUUUUUCUUUUUUAGGUAAUAAAUUGAAAAGAAAAAAAAACUUGAAACCAGCA